UGUAAAAAUCUUACAAAAGUGUUACCACCGAUUUUAUGAAAACUAUAUAAAAUUUGUCAAAAAAAAAAUACAAAUAACGUUGUUAAAAUCAAAAUAAUACAUUGUUCCAAAUAAAACCCAAGGUUUUCAACAAUCCCAUGAUUUAUACAAUAUGGGAUCACUCAAAGUGGCAGUAAUCGGUGGUGGUGUAGCCGGUAUGAUUUCAGCACGAGAGCUCCAUAGAGAAGGUCACCGGGUCACCAUCUUCGAGAAAUCUGAGAAACUCGGUGGGUUAUGGGUGUACGACCCACGAGUUGAAUCCGAUCCACUCAGUCACAAAUUGGUUCAUAGCAGUGUUUACUUCUCUCUCCGUACAAACCUUCCCCGGGUUCUGAUGAGUUUUUCCGACUUCUCGUUUGAGCAGAGAGAAUAUGGAGAUCCCAGAGAUUUCCCAGGUCAUCAAGAAAUGGUUGCGUUUUUGAAUGAUUUCGCAACUCGGUUUGGAAUCCAUAGCUUAGCCCGUUUUAACUCGGAAGUUGUCCGAGUUGAACGAGUUGAUGAAAGGGUAGAUGAAUGGGUGGUUGAGUGGAGAAAGAUGGGCGAAGUUAAGAGAGGGGUACAAUUGGAACAAGAGAAUUUUCAUGCUGUGGUAGUUGCAAACGGUCAUUGUAGUGUGCCACGUGUUGCUGACAUACCAGGAAUUGAGAAAUGGCCAGGAAAACAGAUACACAGCCACAAUUACAGAGUUCCUGAACCAUUUAAGGAUGAGGUCGUAGUUAUCAUUGGGAAUGGGGCUAGUGCACUCGAUAUAUCACAUGAUAUUUCAAAGUUUGCUAAGGAGGUUCAUCUAUCUUCAAGAUCACCUGACGUAAAAUUUUCAAUACUUAACCACUGUUGUAAUAAUUUAUGGCAGCAUUCUGCAAUAAAUAUGGCUAAGGAAGAUGGUACGAUAGAUUUUGAGGAUGGAUCAUCCAUUGUAGCCAACAUUAUCAUGCAUUGCACUGGAUAUAAAUAUGAGUUGCCAUUUCUUAAGACGAAUGGAAUCGUAAGUAUUGAUGAUAAUUGCGUUGGACCAUUAUACAAGCAUGUAUUCCCCCCUAAACUUGCUCCUUGGCUUUCUUUUGUUGGGUUACCUCAAAAGACUAUAAUUUUUGAGAUGUUGGAACUACAAUCAAAGUGGAUUGCAAGAGUACUAUCGACAAAAGUAGCUCUACCAUCUAAGGAGGAGAUGAUGGCAGACGUGCAAGAAUAUUAUCAGCAAAUGACGACAUUAGGAUUGCCUAAACAUCUCACUCAUUAUCUGCAGAAUUUUGAGGAGUACUUGGAUUGGUUAGCGGCUCAAGUUGGAACUUCAUCAUUGCAAUGGAGAAAAGAGCUUUACAAGGAGACAGUUAAGCGCUUGCUAAACAAUGACAAUGGAUAUAGAGAUGAUCCUAGGCUUUUAAACAGAAAUAAACUAUACUGAAAGAUAUAAAAGAUCAUACCUUUUAUACAAAGAUGAGUGCAUUGAAGACAACAUUAGCUUUCGCGGCGGGAACAGUUUGUGGUGUGAUUUUGGCCAAUAAUUGUAAUUUGGAGAACUUCAAGAAGGCACGAGAGAAAUGCCCUUUGAAGACCAAACAACAACAAAUGGAGGAAGCCAAAGAUCAAGUUACUACAACUGUAUGGAAAACUAAAUAAUCUUUCGUUUCUUUCGCAGCAACUAUUUUUCUUAUAUAUAGUUUCAAGCACAUCUAAGCUAGUAAUUAAUACCAAUAACUAAAGGGCCAAAGCCAGCGCCAGCAGCAGCACAAACUAAAUCCAAAUGGCGUGAUUUUGUGAUAAAUGAUUCUUUUUGAGUGGAGAGUUAUGAUCUCUUUGACAAA